AUGGAUCUCCGAGGAUUUGCAGAGACAUUGGUGAUUUUAGUCAUCGUGAACUCGCUGGAAACAUCUUGCACAUGUCCUGCGUGUCCGACAAAGGUUCAUCCACAAGACGCGUAUUGCAAUGGAGAUUUUGUGAUCAAAGCUUCUAUUACUGAUAUGACAAUGGUAGGAGAUGAUCCUGAAACCCCUGAAGAUGAUCCAACAACACAGUACAGCAUCUCCAUUGACAAGGUAUUCAAGGAGCCGCCAGUUCCUACUGUAGAAGCAACAUGUGUCGUAGAGAGCCUGGCGAGUAAUGCAACAGCUGGAUGCUUCUUUACUCUGAUCACAUUGAAAGAACCACAACCUUGCGGUGUAGAACUUAAUGUGGAUGAAACAUAUUUGAUAAGCGGCUUUGAAGAAGAUGGAAAACUGAAAAUAGAUGAGUGUGGUCUAAAUAUUCCAUGGGAUGAAGUUACACCACACAUGAAGAUAGGAUUAAAUAAGCGAUAUGAGAAAAAUUGUCAAUGUCCGACUGGGGAAGGAAAGUGCGUGGCGGAUCCCGCUUCCGCUGACAUUUGUUUUUGCCGGUAUGCUACCUGUGUAGAGGUCCAGAAGGAGGGCUGUGCACCGGAAUGUAAAUGGUUUAAGAGUAGAUCAUUGAAGCAAUGUGUUGAAGAUAAUUGA